GAGUAGUACUUCCGCCAUAGCUGCGUUUACGUGCGUGAAAACAGCUAGCGGGUGUGGAGUCUCUCCAUUAGAGGAUUGUUACACAUAACUAAAUUUAAAUGUGUAAAUAGAAAAUAAAGAGAUACUUUAUCAGUAUUCUAAGCUGCCUGGUUCACAUGCAGAGGCCUGAAAGAUGUUCACAUACUGCAUGAGAAGACGGCUGUGUCUCCUCCUCACCCGAGAGAAAUCCGCCCCUGCUGCACUGACCCACCAAAGUAGAUACGAGUCCACAACCCCUGUGCUGGAUGUCCAGCACUACAUCAGCCAGGAUCAAACAGGAAACAGAUCCGCCUAUGGUCCUCUGGGCACGGAGCUGAAGAGGAAUAUCCUGCGGCAGUGGUGGGCUUCAGUGGUGGAGUCCAAAUCAGAGGUAUUCUCUGUUAGCACACCGCACUGUUCCACAGGUGGAGGCGCUGCCAAGCUGGUGGACAGAGGAACUUUAGAUGAGCUGAGAGAUCUUCCAGAAGGGCAGCUGAAGGAAAGACUGUCCAGACUGCUUUACCACAGCCACGAUUUAAGAAGUAGUCUCCUCCAAGGUGCCUUACUACAGUACAUCCCCUCUCUGAUGCUGAUGAAUAGGAAGCUGCCUUUUGGACUGGCUGAGACAGGCUUCUGCUACCGACCUGAAACUGCGAGCCCAAAUACAAUCGGUUGCGGUUCCUCUGAGGUGACAGAAGCGUCUUUGGUGUGGUUCUGCUCCCCACGGACUUCCUCUCAGUGGCUGGACUACUGGGCGCGUCAGAGACUGCAGUGGUGGAGAAAGUUUGCUUCAGGUCCAUCUGAAUUCAGUGUCUGUGAUGUGCUGAGUGAGGAACUGCGAGAUGGGGUAUCCCGUGGAGUGAAGGUUCUCUAUCAGUUCCCUUCUGGUCCUGAAACCUUAGAAACUCUUUGGAGUCUCGGAGAUGCAGAGCUCCUUAAAUCCCACCAGGGCAGCCAAGCUGAACUACAGUGCAAGGACGGAAGGAAACAAGUUGUGCCUCAUGUUCUCUCGAUUAGUGCGGAUAUGGACAGAGGGGUUCUGGCCUACCUAUUUAACUCCUUACAGAUUGUCCAAAAAGUGGACAGCAAGCAGAGGCUUCAUCAGAGAAAGGUGCUGAAACUGCAUCCAACAUUAGCUCCUGUUAAAGUAGCUCUGGACAUGGGCAGAGGGUCCACCUCAGAACUUAGACAGGUUUGUGAAGGUUUGCUUCAGGAUCUUCUGGAAGCGGGAAUCUCUGCGUGGCCUGGAUAUACAGAUACCACGCAGUCCUCCCUGGACAGUCUGCACACCAAAUACGAUGAAAUGGGUGUGCUUUUCACCGUGAUGAUUAGCGAAAGUACUCUGGAGAAUGGACUCCUGCUGGUCCGGAACCGUGACACCACCAUCAGAGAAACCAUGCAUAUCUCUGAGAUCAGACAGUUCCUCCUCAAAUACAUAUCUGCUGCAGAGAACAUCUGAUCUACUCACAGAACUGUGGAAAUUGUGGAAAGGAAGGUGCUGACCCAGAAUCUGUGUUAAUGCUCUGAUAAAGUUUGUGUGCUGUGUGAGUCUACUGUUGUCAGGAGUGAAUGUGUAUUUUCUGCAGUGUUCUUUUGUCAGCUUUUGCUAAACUGAAGUUUGCUGUAAAAUACCCUGGACAAAAGUUAUGGAUACAUUUUAUAUGCAAAUAAAAACAGUAGAUAUGUUCUUGUAGUACACAUGUGCUUCAUGUUCACCAUUAAAGAAUGAUGUGAAUGUUGAAGAUAAACCGCAAAUUUAUGAAAUACAUGUACACAACAUAAAAA